UGUCUGUCAAGUUAUUUAGCUAGCAGACAUUAGCCUGCUGCUAUCUACAAUAACAUCUACAGGAGCUUCGAGCAGAUGAGGGGUUUUCUUUAAAAAUGAAGUGAACAUGGGUUCACAUAUACGUUAAAAAUAUUUUUUUUCAUAUUUUAAUGUAAAGAGGCGGAUGGCCCUGACACAGCUUGCUUUCUUGGGGAAAACAACAGGCAUCAGUCUUAUUCCAUGAAUGACUAAUGACCAGUAAUCCUUUUUGGAGCAUGUCGACCAACCCAAGUCGUAAGCAGAGGCCUGAUAAUGAAGAGCAGAGUGGGCAUGGAGAACAAAGAAGCAGUCCAGCCCGGCCUCACUUUCCCAAGAAACACCUGCCCCCCAUUCCUAAGAAUACAGCGCCGGUAACCAAACACUCACCAGCAGGCACUCCGGCUCAGUCUGCCAAUGGCACACAUGCUUCCUACGGGCCUUUUUAUUUGGAGUACUCCCUUCUGGCUGAGUUUACACUCGUGAUAAAGCAGAAACUCCCUGGAAUUUACGUUCAGCCAUCGUACAAGUCUGCUUUAAUGUGGUUUGGAGUCAUAUUCAUCCGACACGGUCUGUACCAGGACGGGGUCUUCAAAUUCACUGUGUAUAUUCCUGACAACUAUCCAGACGGACAGUGCCCCAAACUAGUAUUUGACAUCCCAGUCUUUCAUCCACUGGUGGACCCGGUAUCUGGAGAACUUGAUGUCAGAAGAGCUUUUACCAAAUGGAGACGGAAUCACAACCACAUCUGGCAGGUCUUGAUGUACGCACGCACGGUUUUUUACAAGAUCAACACCGCCGAGCCGCUGAACCCAGAAGCUGCUGUCCUGUAUGAAAAAGAUGUGCAGUUAUUCAAAAGCAAAGUGGUGGAUAGUGUGAAGCUAUGCAACAGUCAUCUUUUUGACCAGCCUAAGAUCGAUGAUCCUUACGCAAUAAGUUUUUCUCCGUGGAAUCCGGCUGUUCAUGAAGAAGCAAAGGAAAGGAUGUUUGCAUACAAAAGACGUCCGGAGGAGCAGCAGCACAAGGGAAUGCAGGUGUCUGGGUUGUCGUGGGUGAAACCUGGUUCAACUCAGCCCUUCAGCAAAGACGACAGUCCACCACAGAACUGAACCUGUGCUGUUCACACAGCAACCACUAGAGGGAGAUGCAAGCGUCGUUUGACAGGAGUUUGUGUAAAGAAGCUGUACUUAAUUUAAAUUCCCCUUUAUUUGAUAACUCUGAAAGGGUUUUAGGCAUAUCUGGAAGGAAAUUUGGACCAAGAAAAGGUGAAUUGGCACAUCGUCACGGUUACAUUGGCGUAGAGAGGGAUUUAAGUUUGGGUAAAGAUGACCUGAUUAUGGGAUGGAUGUCUAGACGCAGCACUUUGCUGCUGCUCAGAAAGAAUGAAGUGAGUAAAAAGCAGUAGCCACUUCACCUACCAUUAAAGUUCACAAUCAAGCAGUUGUUUAUUUUUAUCGCUUCAUAAACUAUUUUACUUAGUUUCUAAAGUUAUAAAUAAAUAUAUAUAUAUAUAUAAAGCAGAGGAGACGAGUUUUAAAUUUAAAACCAUUUAGGUAAGCUUGUAUUGUUUUUGGUUUAAGUAAUUUUAAAUGCUUUACCUAUUAUUAAAAAUGUAUGUGCAAAUAAUGGAUGCUGUGACAUUUUUUUCUUUUUAAUAACAUUUUUUUUCCUUUUUUUUUUUUUUGUUUUUUUUCUUUUUCGCCGUUUACUUGGGAACGUUUACAGUUUUCCUUGGAAAACUGAGCAGUUUGAGGCCACGGGGCAAACAUUUAUUGUGGGAUUUCUGUCUUAAGUUGUGGAGGGAAAUUUUUAAUAAUUUAAUUCCAUGAUUAUCUAAGCAACUGAAAUGUAUUUUAAAUAAAUUCUAUUCAAAAUAAA